AAGGGUUCCAUAAACGGAAUCAAACUAUAACUUUAUAGAUACGCCCACUGAAUAUAUAACCAAGCUUGCAAAGGCCUUUGGCGCUCCGUCAGAAUGCUGUUUACAGGGAAAGCCGCAGCUGUCUGGCUUUCUCUUGCCUUCAAACGGGUUCUCACUGCACAGACACCUCUGUCAAGUCAUACGCCUUCAUCCUUUUACCCGGGAAUCGAAAGUGAUCUUGGACAAUGGAACCUUGAUGAAGGACCUGGGGUGAACGCGACAGGACAUCUAGUGUUUGAAACGGCCAAUUCCUUGCUUCAACAUUGGGCAAAUACCCGUCAUCGUAUUGGUCAUACAAUAGUCCCAGGAACUAUUCCUGUGGGCACUCUCCUCUACCAUGGAGCUAUCACCGGUCCCCAUUUACCGACCGCCUUGGAUUGGGUGUCUGUAGAGCCAGACCACUCCAUGCUUUUCUGUCAAGGGCCAAUCGAAACAGGGUGCUGGCACCUCACCCUUGCAGUCACUCGGCCAAUGAAAGUGCUCUAUUUUGACGGAAACAGCGCUGCGAAAAUCCUUGAGGGCACUUUGGACACCCAAGAUCUACUGGCAUGGUCGGAAAUGAAACCCGAGUGGGUGCGGAGUGAAGAGCGGCGCAUAAAGGACUUGUGUAAAUGGGGUCAGAAAUAUGGCGUGAACGGCUUUGUGAGGAUGGAAAUGAAUUUUGAAAUCAUGAUCUGCAACUUCACCUCUCACAUGGAAGUUAUUUCAUUCUUAAAUCUCGAGAGCAUUCGUACCGCCAUCGAGCGAGGAUAUCUGCCAGAGGACCCCGAUACUAUGCAUCACGUUUUUGAAUUAGUGCAUUCUGCGUCAUGGCGCGAAAAUUAUCCAGGAGAAACCCGGAUUAUGCUUGAUUUUUCUGAACUCGUCUCUUUCUACGACACCGCUCUUGUUCCCUCCUUAGUGCCGCGCCGUGCGGGCUUGGACCGGUGGGAUCACCGAGUGGCAGGAAUAUCACCGGAGGAUAUAGAGCGCGUCCAAGACAGGCUAGCUCAAGCGUUAGCACGACCACCCGCGACCACUAGCGGCAUUGACUGGAAAACGGUCUUGCGCGUGGUGGUCGAUCGAUAUGCCAGCCGCCUGGAGUUCAUACAGCACCUUUUGAACCUGUCGUUGAACGAUGGGUCGAUCUUUGACCACGCACAACAAAUUCAGAGACAGUUGCGUACCGUGCUUUUGCCCUACACUGUGUUUGCAGCUCUGCCUCCCAAUACCUCCGUCACCGCCAACAGGACAAAUUCGUGGGCUGCGCCAGUUUUUCGGGAAUGUGCUACAUCGCAUGCGGCAUCCAUAGCGUAUCGUGGAACAUCACUGACGCCCUCUGAACGCUUACUUUUGCAGGCGGUGCGGGAAACUACGCAUGAAAUAUGCCGCGUCGUCACGAAGAUAUGGGCUUCCGGAAUGAAUUUCGGAGUCGACGCCUUUUAUCCUCCGGAACAACGCCCUGAAGUUGAUCACAUACAUACUCUCAUAGGCGAAUGGAAGGAGGAUGUGACGCAUUUAAUCUCCUGGUUGGACUGGAGCGUGUGGGUGAAGUGCCGACCGGCCUGUGAUUUCGAGGAGAUGUGCUAUUUGCCUACUUGGCCGUUUGGGUUUUUCCCGACUCCCGGCGCAUCACUUCAACCUCAAUGGGACAGUGGUUCCUUAUGGCCAGACCCAAACAAAGGGGAAUGGAAGAGACCACAGCCCAAGUGCAUAAGACGACGGGAGCCAUAUAGUUUUUAGGAUGCAUGCAUUAUUGCUGACAUAUACACGCUUUUUGUAUAUAGUUUUGUAAAAUUAUCGCAGGGGAGUUUAUAAGCGCGCGUGACGUAUGUACUUUGAAGAAGGUUAUGGUUCGACUGUUUUGA